UAAACUUAAAAGAGGACAGGAUAAACGGAACGCUUAGCAGUACUGACUCACGCGCCCUCGCUGCUUUUGGAUCUCAGAACCCACCGGGGCAUCCAUUCUAAUCGGGUUGCAGUUACUCAUAUCUCUUGCUGUUGGAUUGUAUUUUUUUUUUACGAUUCUCAUUGUCAUUGAAGUUUUUUCUCCCUGUCCUUUUCGACCUGGACUUGUCAACGUUGCGGGAAACGCGUGAAGCGCCGGAGACAAGGAGAAAGAGGCGCUUAAGAGAAGUUAAGUGUCUCGCACUGUCAAAGUCAUGCCGGCCGGGUUUCAGCAACUCGGAGGGGAGAGAGUGACUGGAACCCUUGCCCUCUCUGUGUUCACGGCGGUUUUGGGGUCCCUUCAGUUUGGGUACAACAUUGGUGUCAUCAAUGCUCCCCAAAAGAUCAUCGAGCAGGACUACAACGCCACAUGGAUCCACCGGUACGGGCAGCCCAUCCCCGUCGGCACCCUCACAUCCCUGUGGUCCCUCUCAGUGGCCAUCUUCUCCGUUGGGGGAAUGCUGUCUUCCUUCUGUGUUGGUGUCAUCUCCGAAUGGCUGGGAAGGAGGAAAGCCAUGCUCAUCAACAACCUGAUGGCUUUCAUUGGUGGAGGCAUGAUGGGCAUGUCUAAGCUCUGCCGCUCAUUUGAGAUGAUGAUCAUGGGACGCUUCAUCAUCGGCGCCUAUUGCGGGCUGGCGUCCGGAUUGGUGCCCAUGUAUGUGGGUGAGAUUGCGCCAACCAGCCUCCGGGGGGCGUUAGGCACCCUGCACCAGCUGGCCAUUGUUACUGGGAUACUUGUGGCCCAGAUCUUGGGGCUGGACUCCCUGCUUGGCAGUGAGGAGCUGUGGCCGGUGCUAAUGGGAGUGACAGUUCUGCCCACUGUCCUGCAGAUGGCACUCCUGCCUUUCUGCCCAGAGAGCCCCCGCUACCUGUACAUCAUCCGCUGCCAGGAGCACCACGCCAAGAGCGGCCUCCGGCGGCUCACAGGGCGACAGGAAGUGGGAGACGCCCUGGCGGAGAUGAAGGAGGAGAAGAGGAGGAUGGACAUGGAGAGGAAGGUGUCUAUCGCUGAGCUCUUCCGCUCCCCACUCUAUCGGCAGCCAAUCAUCAUCGCCAUCCUGCUGCAGCUCUCCCAGCAGCUGUCCGGGAUCAACGCUAUAUUCUACUACUCCACCAGUAUCUUUCAGAAGGCGGGGGUCCAGAGCCCGGUCUACGCCACCAUUGGCGCUGGAGCGGUCAACUGCGCCUUCACCGUGGUUUCGCUCUUCCUGGUGGAGAAGAUGGGUCGCCGGACACUGCACAUGCUGGGAUUGGCUGGCAUGUGUUUGUGUGCCGUCAUCAUGACCAUGGCUCUCGCCCUAUUGGAAAGGGUGCCCUGGAUGAGCUACAUCUCCAUGCUGGCAAUCUUCGGCUUCGUGGGCUUCUUCGAGGUGGGCCCAGGGCCCAUCCCCUGGUUCUUUGUGGCCGAGCUCUUCUCCCAGGGCCCGCGGCCGGCCGCCAUGGCCGUCGCCGGCUGCUCCAACUGGACCGCCAACUUCAUUAUCGGCAUGGGCUUCCAGUACAUCGCUGAGGCCUGCGGUCCGUACGUCUUCCUCAUCUUUGCUGCACUCCUCCUCUUCUUCCUCCUCUUCACCUUCUUCCGAGUGCCCGAAACGCGGGGGAAGACCUUUGACCAGAUCUCAGCCAGCUUCCAGCGGCAUCCAGCCAACAUGAUGGACUUGGACAUGGACAUGGACAUGGACCUGGGGAAGACCAGCACAGAGCUGGAGUACCUGGGAGAGGGCAGCCUCAACUGAGACUGAGCAGGGGAGGGCGGCCUGAGCCCGAGAGGGGAGAGGACAAGAGGGGGAGGGGGCAGCCUCGACUGAGGCCUAAGAGGACAGGGUUGGGAUUUGGAGAAGAGGUGAAGAUGGAAGGGGAAGGAGGAGAGGACCUGCUGUUUUUUUAGGCAGGGGAGUCUAAACCAAAUAACCUGGUCUGGCGAGGGUGCUGGGACAAAUCUAGAGGUGUUCUGGGGGGAUGACACAAGGGACACAGGGGAUGAAGGGACAGGAGACCUUGGACGAGGUCAGAGGUGAUCGGGUGGUGGGCUGAAAUGUGUGAGCUGGGAUUUUGCACAGUUAUUUACAAGAGAUGGACUCCCGCACUUUACUCUAUGUGGCAGAGGCUUUCACAUGAGAAGCUGCCCGUAAAAUAUAUAGUUUAGUGACUCCAAGUAAACGAUACCGCUACACUUUGCCUUAGUGGAGAUUCUUUUUGCCGUAAACAAAAGGGCUAAUACUUCAGUCUUUCAGGACAAUCCAAAGGCAGGCUCAGCUCCACAGGGGUUACCAUUGAGGCCACACCCCUUGGCAUGUGAUUGACUGGACUUUCCAAUAGGGGGUGGGGCAACAUAUCAGUGGGAUUCCUGUUACUUUACAAGCCAUCCAAAAGGUUAUUUCUAGUAAAUUGUGUAUUAGUACUUAAUGUAUAUAGUGUUUUGAAAUUUUUCAGUACAGGAACAAGGGUCAACAUAAAUUCAAACUUUACCCACUCCAUUUAAAAUAAUUUUAUGGUUUCUAUUUUGAUGACUCACAAAUAAGCACUAUCAAUAUCACCAUCACAGCUUAGUAGGUAUAUGAAAUAUAAACAUUAUAUAUACAGAUAUUGUAGGAUGUGCUAUGUUUGCCAUUGAUCAGUCCCAAACUUUUUAAGCAUGUGUGGCGUUUGCUGUCCAGUCUGUACCACUCUGUGUGUCUGUGGUGAUUUCUUAUAAAACGUGUAAAGAGGACCUGCAAUUUGUAUAAAGAGAAGUGAC